UCAACCUCUCAUUUGACUCAGAGGCAGCUCACACACACCAACUUGCGCACAGACCGUGGAAAAAUAGGGGCAUAAGAUGGCUGACUUAACUGGGCAACGCAAGCCCUCAACGGCAUCAUCAACUUCACCCGGGCUGUUCCCCAGCUUGACAUUAGCCUUUGGGCAACUUUAAAGCGGCCCCGCCUCGCACUUGUCCACUCUACCCCAAUCGCAAAUAUUGACAGAGCUAUUAUAAAAAAUGGCAGAGAUGGAAAAAGAGGGCAGACCCCCCGAAAAUAAAAGAAGCAGAAAACCGGCUCACCCCGUGAAAAGGGAAAUCAACGAAGAAAUGAAGGUUCGGGCUGAGCGGGCCCACCCAUGGGCAGGCAAGGCGGGUGAUCUCCAUGGCAACCCGCCCUACUCCAUGAGUUUUGCAGAGAACACCAUGAAUGAGCUGCUUGGCUGGUAUGGCUAUGACAAGGUGGACCUGAGAGACCAGGACAACAUCGACAUACGGAACUACCCAGAUGGAGAGGCACAACAACACAUCUCUGUCCUGAAAGAAAACUCUUUACCAAAAAUCCCAGGAGGAUCGGGGGAGAAUAGUGAUGUCUCCCCAAACCAAGCCAAUAGCUCCCACUCUACACCGACAUUGAGGAACGGAGUGACAGAGUCCUCCACCACCCCGUCCACCUCCACACCCAGCACCAGGGAGCAUGGGAACAUGCCCAUCAUAGUUCCACUGAUCCCACCCCCCAUGAUCAAGCCACCAGCAGACGAGGAUGUGUCUAACGUCCAGAUCAUGUGCGCAUGGUGUCAGAAGGUUGGCGUCAAACGCUAUUCCCUCAACAUGGGCACUGAGCUGAAGAGCUUCUGCAGUGAGAAGUGCUUUGCCGCCUGCCGCAGAGCCUACUUCAAGAGAAACAAGCUUGGAUAUGUAAGGAAUUACAGUGCGAGAGACGAAGACGGCCGUGGUGAGAAAUUACCCCAGCACAGCUAUUCUAAGGAUACGCCCAGGCUUGUCUUCAAGACAAACAGCGAUGUGCUUGUGUGUGACUGGUGCAAACACAUCCGCCACACCAAGGAGUACCUGGACUUUGGUGCUGGUGAACGGAGGCUGCAGUUCUGCAGUGCCAAAUGCCUGAACCAGUACAAGAUGGACAUCUUCUACAAAGAGACUCAGGCGGCGCUGCCAGGGGGGCUGUGUAACCCAGGACACGGCCCUGUGGAGGGCAAGUCGGAGAGCAGCACCGGGGCGCAGCUCCUCACCCCCGAGUCCUGGGGCACACCCUUGGGUGACUUACGUCGCAAAGCCCCUUCCCCUGGGGGAAACCCCUCUGUGCCAGUCCCCUCCAGCUCCACCGCUGCCUCUCCCUCUGAGACAGGCACUGUCUGCUCCCCUUCCUCCAAAAACCCCACGCCCAGACCCCACGAGAGCCCCACCUUACCCCCUCCCCCACACCCCUCUCUGCACUCUCCCAUGGGAGUCCCCUUGGGUAGCCCCCCAAUGGUGAUGACGCCCCGGGGACCCGUGCCCCUGCCCUUCUUCAUGGAGCACCAGAUGAUGCAGCAGAUGCGGCCACCUUUCCUCCGCCCACCUCACCAUGGCCCAGGCCCUAACAGCCCCCUGUCCAACCCCAUGAUCCCUGGCAUCGGACCACCACCACCCCCGCCGAGAACCCUGGGUCCACCAUCCAGCCCUAUGCACAGGACACAGUUCUCACCCCACCACCAUCCCUCCAACAACCCCAACCUGGGAGGGAACCCCCCAGGGAUGAUGCCACCCCAUCCAGGCCUACACAUACCCGGUUUUCCCUUCCACUCCAACAUGAUGCCAAACGGGCCCAUGCUUAUGCCACCCAUGAUGAACUUUGGUAUGCCUUCCCUCGCCCCUCUGGUUCCCCCGCCAACCCUGCUGGUCCCUUACCCUGUAAUCGUGCCCCUGCCGGUGCCCAUCCCUAUCCCCAUACCCUUCCCCUUCAACCCCAAGACCUCCAAGGACAAACCCAGCAACAACAACAACCCCAUUCCCAGUGCAUCAGGGGAGGACCACAGGCCCUUCUCCGCUGGUUCCUCCAGAGGGGAUCACAAGUUUGGGCCCUCCAGUUCCGGGGUGCACUCCCCGGGCUUCUCUGGCUACGAUCUGGCCCGCUUUGGCUCUGAGAGGAGUAGGACUGACGUGGUGGACCUGACCGUGAAGACUGAGAGUCCGGGGUGUGCCUCCACCGCGGCCUCCCUCCCCGAGGGCGUGAUCGACCUGACUCUGGGCCGGCGAUCGCGGCUGCAGCAGGUCAUCCAGCGGGUGGUGCCCAGUGUCCAUGUAAAGGUGGAACGAGACGGGGACUCAACCAGCCCCCCACCUUCUGGACCAUCCCCUCUGAAUGCCUCUGGGCAGGGGAAGGGGGACAGCAGCCUAGAGGACAUGAGCCAGGAGGUCAGGGAGGCCAUUAGUGACUCUCUGGAGCCAGGCUUCCUGCCUUGUAGCCAGGCCACAUCACCAUCCCCACAGCCAAACCAAAACUCCUAUACUACCCAGCUCACAAAUCACCCUGGCACCCCACGGACCCAGCCCUGCAGCCCACCUGCCCCCUGUGAUGUCAUAGUAAAUGGCAGCAGUCAACACACAGACGGCCCCAGCCGGAGCACGCUACCCACACCUCUGUCUGACCCUGGCCGGAGAGGAGGAGGAGGCUGCGGCGAACCAGCCAACUGCGAGCUGGAGCGGGAGGCGCUGAAGGAGAACAGCUGCUUGGUGCCAGAGUGGGAACCAGGUAAGAGGGGCCCAAGUGAGGAGGCAGUGCAGGGGGGCACUUGGGAAGGCAAGCUGGAAGCCAACGGCGACCUUAUGGAUCUGGACGAUGAUGACGACCACGCCUAUGCACUGCUGCAGCCCAAGGCUGGCUGUGUCAUCCAGCCCCUGCCAAAGCCCAGCGACAAGACGGCCAUCGUGUCAUGCAGCAUCAGCGCUCCCCUGGCAGCAGGGGCAGGGAGCCCCGAGCUGGAGCCGCCGCUAAAGAGGAGGUGCCUGCGAAUACGCAAUCAGAACAAAUGAGGCAGAAAAGCUCAGACAGGUGGCAGUAACUCCCCUACAGAAUGAGGUAUGCUGUUGAAGCUCUUGACAACACUAGCCUUCCACUAUCCACCCCUCGCUUCUCCACCCCAUGAACCUCUCUCCCAGCCAACUAGCACUCAAAAUUCUAGCCUUGUCACCCUAAUCUUAACAACUCGGCACAGGCCGACCACAAUAACCCCUGGACCAGUGGAAGUGGGACUUGGAGGCAUUCACCUUUAACCCAGACCAGACGUGUUAUUUUCUCUUGAGACACAUUCCUUUAGCCCAUACUGCCCCUCUCUCCCUUCCUUCCAAAGCAAAUGCUCUGUCAGAUCUCUGCUGUCAGACUGAUAAGCCACAAUGCUAAGCCAAUAGAUUUACCAGCAGUUUUGUGUUCGCUGGAAGAGGUCUAAGGUAGCAUUUUUAGCCAAUCUGUUCCAAAGUGAAAGGUGUAGCAUUUUUAUGUGGCAAGAAAUUCAGGCUAAAGUCAUCCCCACCCGCCCCCCACCUUUGCAUGAUCACAACCAGCACAAAAUGCUAACCUCCAACCCCCAUCCCACCAUUGAGGGUGACAGGACAUUUGUUUUGAACUGGAAACCAAAAAGAGACAUCUCAUAAUGGAAGGUAACAAUCAGAGGGAGACAUUUUCUGAGCCUCACAGGUUGAGGAAUAAUAACAAGAAAAAAGAGGAGGGGUGAAAUCCUUGUGUUCUGACUGUAGCACACUCUAUUCCUGGAGAUACCAGGGGCCCCUUUGCGUCACAGAACCUUUCCCUUGUGGAGCAGUGGGGAUAUCUCCACAAUAAAAGGAGACCUUGGCACUAUUGAACUGCUCAUCUUCAGUGGGUUUCAUGGUCAUAAAAUACAAGAAUUUUCAAGUUUAUCCUCACUCACUGAUUUGUGGACAACAGGGUAGAGACCUCACCAGCAAACGACGGUGGGUAACUGUGGACAAUGUGCAAUCUCUGCCAACGUGGAGGCUAUUUUGCUUCUCUGCAAGCUCCUGGUCAGACAAAAUCAGAUGUGUAAUUCUAAUUGUAAUCGUCACGGCUGUAUUUACAUUUUUAACACCGCAAUGAUAUUGAUGAUAAUGCUAUAUCUUCAGCCACAUCUCUGAUGUGUACAGUAGGGUUAUGGUAAUGAUGUGACUUUCAUCAUGGAAGCAAAAGUAUGACUGCUGCUUAUCACACCACAAAGGGAUUGCGUCAAUCGAGAGUUGAUACCACAGCCAUUAGCAUUGUUUCGUCACUAGUGCUCAGGGUCGUAAUGUUGCACUAGGAUUUAUCAUUGACAAGGGAAGCUGGCUCUCUUAAAUCAAAUUUGCUUGUCAGUCAUAGAUAAUUCUCUGGAAACACUGGUCCAAACGUACUGUAGAACUAUUUGUAAAGUCAAACUACUGAAACAAAUUAAUCAAUUCUUUAAUGAG